CGGCAGCAGCAGCAGCAGAGUCGUGCCGCACCCUUUUUGCUCCUCCUGGGACUCACAGCGCGGAUCACUCCGCACAGGUAACUACCGUUCAAACCACCGGAAGCAGGAGACAAGUCCAAACACAGGUGAAGGGGAGUAUCCACCAAGUUUGUGCGGGACAAAAAGAAAAAACUGGAAUGGAGCCUCGAUAAAAAGAGACAAAUAACAAUAACGUGCUUUUUGUUUUAAAAUAUUGUGGCGCAUUUUUACACCUGGUGCUGAGAGGGCGGUGAAAGUGCGCAGGAGGUGGCUCCAGGUACGACUGAACAUUGUUUCUCUACUGGACGAGGAUCUGGAUUUACUUGAUAGACGAGUUCAUAGACGAAAGGAAAAGAUUGAAGACCAGCGGAUGCCAGACAGCUGUACAGUGAAAACCUCAGACCUCAAACUGCAGUCCUCACCUGUCCAGCUGAUGGCAUGCCAAUCGUCAACACACCAAAGAGGGAAGUCUGAAUGAUGCCCUAGACCUCCCCCUCUGCUCGCUGUCUGCAACAUCACUCUCUUCCCUGCCUACUUCAGCUCUUCUCUGAUCAGACAUCUGCUGGAUAUCUCAACAUGGAUACAGAGACCAUCGACCUAGACGGAUGCUACUACAACAAGAGCAUCAAAUUUUUCUAUGAGAAGAGUGGAAAGAACAUUAGCGACCACUGGAGCACACGUAGCUAUGUGAUUGUCACUCUGGGCAUGACGGUCUGCUUCGUCGUCAUCUUUUCCAACCUUUUGGUCAUAGGCGCCAUUUUAAAAAACAGACGUUUUCACUACCCUAUCUACUAUCUGCUGGCUAACCUGGCUCUGGCUGACCUCUUCUCAGGUGUCUCCUACCUCCACUUGAUGUUUCAUACUGGUCCCUGGACCAUUAAGCUCUCUAAGUUCCAGUGGUUUGUGCGACAGGGGCUGAUCGACACCAGUCUAACAGCCUCGGUCCUCAACCUCCUGGCUGUGGCCGUGGAGCGUCACCAAACCAUCUUCAACAUGCAGCUGCACAGUAAGAUGAGCACCCGGCGUAUUUUUGUCAUCAUUGUGUUCAUCUGGCUGGUGGCCAUAAUCAUGGGCCUGGUUCCCACCAUGGGCUGGCACUGCCUGUGCGACCUGUCGAACUGCUCCACCAUGGCGCCGCUGUACAGCCGCAGCUACCUGGUGUUCUGGGGCGUCCUCAACCUGCUGACCUUCUCCAUCAUGGUGGCCGUCUACACCCGGAUCUUUAUCUACGUGAGGCACAAGAGCAAGCAGAUGUCGCAGCACACCACCCAGAUGAGACACAGAGAGACCGUGUUAAACCUGAUGAAGACCGUCUCCAUGAUCCUGGGCUGUUUUGUGAUAUGCUGGACGCCUGGCCUGGUCAUACUGCUGCUCGACGGCCUGGGCUGCGCCUCGUGCAAGGUGCUGCGAUACGAGAAGUACUUCCUGGUGCUGGCCGAGUGCAACUCCUUCGUCAACCCCAUCAUCUACUGCUUCAGGGACAAAGACAUGAGGAGGACCUUCAGGCAGAUCAUGUGCUGCCUUCGGGGCCGCGACCGCAAGAGCACCUCUGGAGUUCACUUUAACACCCUGGAGCACGAGAACUAUAAGUCUCGUAUUGCCAGGCCAACAGAGGGCAACGGGGCGCUUCUCAUCCGGGACGAAUCAGAAGACGUCCCUGCCUCUUCAGAAACCUGAAUGAACUCAAACAACGAGGAACAUUCAGCACACUCGAGUCAUGCAGACACACACUUGACGCUAUCUCUGCUGGCAUAAACAAGCCUUAAGACCUGUUUUUCCUCAGCCAGCAGACCGUCGGGUCGGGGUCAAAAAACUGUUUAUUCUUUCAAAACCAAAUGGAUUUAUACCUCUGCUACCAGCAGACAAUGGUGUGUGUCUGCAGAGCAAAGAAGAAAAGUUAACUUCUAAUCUCAGUCGGCCAACGUGAUAGUGAAAGAAUCUUCUAAUUCAGCUGGAAGCAAGUGGCUCAUUUGUGCUCCAUUAACAACCUUCAGCAGACACAAGACCUCAAAGCCUUUCAUACUGGGUCAUUUAAACAACAUGGUGGAACACUGGAGAGCCCAUUUCCUGUUGAGACAUAAAUGAGAUCUGCCAGUUGACCCUAAAUAGAUGAUGGUAGAAGGUGGCCACUGAACAACUGGAACAUGUUGGCAGCGCAUGGAAGAAAUGACUUUAAGUGUGUGGAGAGUCGCCAAGCAUAUAAAUGUGCUCUGUCAUAUCCUUGUGAUGGAUUCUUGUAUAUGUGAGUUUAUUUGUUGAAUCAGUCUAAAGCUAAUGCAGUCUCUGUUCAGUUUUUGUUGAAACUGUUUUAGAAAGAUGUUUUGUACUGCGUCCUACAGAGAUGUCUGUGAAUGGAUGUGGUGGACAAAAUAAUACCACUUGUUGGUAACAAACAGUUUAGACAGACCUGAACAUUAUGGCCUUUAUUAGGGCAGAGUUUGUUGCAUUACUUUAAGCAAGGUGUGCCUAAUAAACUGGCAGUGUGUAUGGAAUCAGUGGACAUCGAUGAUACCAGGGUUCAUUUUGUACAUAAAGAGGAACUCUGAAUUUCUUCAACCUGGACGCUUUUUCCAUGUAUUUAUGUGGAGUGACUCACGACACAUAAUAACAAUAUUUGAAACUCGUUCAGUAUUUAGAUAGAGCUGCAGCUGGCAGCAGCAAAACAGGCUGCAAAUUAACCACCCGGGCAGGUGUUUCGUGUCAGUUUACAUCCAUUCAGAGUGCUUGUCUCUGCCACUAACAUGCUCACAUCAUUAUUAUGACUGUCUUACAACAUUAUGGAAAGAACCCUACAGAGAAAUGAAACGUUUUUCCACACUUCUCGUUAGUUCCAGUCUUGCUAAAAGGGAAGUCUUGGUGUGAAAUCUCAUGAGAGGCGACUUGUUGCAGGAAGAAAAUGGUGGAAACAGGAGUAAGAUUCAGAGGGAGGAGUAGCGGGGGUAGUUUGUUGUUUCUGAGCACUGAAAGUGUAUCUUACUCUUAUCUAAAAGGUUUUCAGUGUCAUGUCACAAGAGUCAGAGAUUUCAGAACAAGACCUCUCUUUUAGUGAGACACAAAACAGACUUGAACAAGCAAACAAUCAAGGGGAAAUGUUUCAUUUGUUUUUAGGGUUCUCUUCAUGAUGUAAGGCACUCAUAAUAAUAAUCUGAGCCUGUUUGUGGCAAAAACAAGCACCUUUAUUGGAUGUAAACGGAUGACGUGCACUUGCCCCAUGUGGUUACAUCGCAGCCUGUUUUGCCGCUGCCACCUGCAGCUCUCUGGAUCAAUACUGGACGUAUUUGAAAGAUUUUUGUCCCCAUUUGUCACUUAAAUACAAAAACAUGGGAAGGUAGGGUCUAGGUUGAAAAUUACGGAGUUUCCUUUAAGACACAAUGUGUAGUAAAAGGCCACUGAAGCUCAUGGAGAUGACCAAGUCGACCCUAAACUUGACGUUAUAAAGGGAUUUGUUAAUGGUUGAUAGAUAUUGAUUAGUAACAUGUUGAAAUUAGCAGCAGCAUCUGUGUUGCCAGGUUAUGAAAAAUAACCUGCACUGUGUUCAACAAGCUCCUUAAUUCAUGCAGGAAAACCCUCUCUGAUCGAGAGCUGCAGAGCAUCCAGACCAAAAUCCAUUAAUUACCAACUUAACAUUUACUGCAGCUGUCAUAUUCAGCCACUGUCUCGUCGUCGUGGCUCUCUGAGCUGGUACACGUUUGGUUCUGAGCUGAUUGUGGGUCUAGUUUUUUGUUGUUUGUUUUAUAAUUGUCACAACGGCUUGGUACAAGUUUCUUAUUACUGUUAGUGUCAGUAGUGGCAUGAAUGUUAUAUUUGAUUUUAUAGUUGUAAAGGUUAUUUAACUGAAGACCUGAUAGACUAUUGCACUGAAAUAACCCUCAAUCAGGGAUUUACUAUCCAUGUGUAACUGAUGAUUUACUAUUAAGAUAGAAACUCGGGACCCUUUAAUGGCUCGCUUUUUAAUAAUCCUCGAGAUAAAGAUCUCACUAAAAAGACAGCUAAAUAUCCUUAAAGAGGAUGAACGCCAACCAAAUGUAAUUUCCCAGCUUAGCAGCUCAUUACUCUUAUAAAUGGCUUAUUACCGAUCUCAAAGGCUUUAGUAAUACUUUAUAAACAUUAAUAAAGCCUAAGUUAGAAUUUAAAGCUUUUAAUUCAAUCGUCUUGGCUUAGGAUGAUAACAUUUGAGAUGUGUAUUUAUAGUUUUUACCUGAACAUCUUCACACUUAAAGUGGAAAAGACUCACCCUUUAAUGUGCUUGUUAAAGGUCCAGUGUGUACGAUUUAGUGGGAUUUGGUGACAUCUAGUGGUGAGGACUGCUCAUUGCAAC